GAACUGUCAAAAUCGCUUGUUGCUUCCUCCCAAGCCUUAAAAGUAGUUAGCAAGCUAGCGUGUGGAGAGUAACUGCAAGUCCGGCAGUCACUAUUAAAACACUAUUAGGAAUUCGAAAAAAAAGUUAUCUACCGUAAAGAAGUGGGAUGCCGCUGAUUGUUCAUCUUUCCUGGAUGUCUCUUGACAGGCUGCGGCUCUCGCUCCUCCGACCGACCGAGUAGCGCUGUCACGCGCAGCUGGAUGUGACAGGUUCGCCAUCAGAUUGCUGACAGGAAGUGCCUUGUGAGACAGCAUCCCUACUUUUUAAAGGAAUUUCUAAAUCCAUCUGCAGCCGAGACAGGACGUUCAGACACUUGCUGUAGUCCUCUCUAAGCUCGUAACUUCAGAAUCUUCUUCUGGCUCUCCAACAACAUUUUGGGACACCACAUUGGUAAAACCAACUGAACUCAUCUGUGAGAAUGCUUCCUCUGCUUUGUCAGAGGUUUGCACUUGAUUCUUGAUGAGUGAUGAACAAUCCACUGUUUAAGUGACAAAUUGCUCGACAGCAGCUCCAUGCUCUGCUCACACGCAAGACUUUGCCAGUUCAUUACCUCCACUUUCCUGUCUGCAGCGACAAAUCUUAUCCACUGAGCAGAAAGGGGUUGUUUUCAGCGGCAACUUCAGUUUUUAUCCCUGGAAUCUGGCAACAGCUCCUCAGAGGCCGUGCAUCCUCCCGAAACCAAGUGGCUCGACUCCAAACCAGCCAGUGACGCUGACAUGGCUCUGAACAUUGCUUCCAUACGUGACACAAAAUGGCUGACCCUGGAAGUGUGUCGGCAGUUUCAGAGGGGGACUUGCUCACGCAGUGAUGAAGAGUGCAAAUUUGCCCACCCACCUAAAAGCUGCCAGGUGGAAAAUGGGAGAGUGAUCGCCUGUUUUGACUCUUUAAAGGGCCGCUGCACACGGGAGAACUGCAAGUACCUACACCCGCCCGCCCACCUGAAGACCCAACUCGAGAUCAACGGGCGUAAUAACCUGAUCCAACAGAAGACCGCAGCCGCCAUGUUGGCUCACCAGAUGCAGUUUAUGAUUCCUGGCACCACCAUGCAACCUGUGACCUUUCCAGUUAGUCAAGGCCUGGGCUCUACCACAGGUUUGAGCUACACACCAUACCUGACCCCCAUGUCGCACAGCAUGGGCCUGGUGCCCACAGACAUCUUGCCCAGCACCCCAGUGAUCGUCCCAGGCAGUCCUCCUGUGUCGGUAUCUGCAGGUUCCUCCACCAACCAGAAACUACUGCGAACAGACAAGCUGGAGGUUUGUCGUGAAUUCCAGCGGGGCAACUGUGCCCGUGGUGAGACCGACUGCCGCUUUGCCCAUCCAAGCGACAGCCCCAUGAUUGACACCAGUGACAACACAGUCACUGUCUGCAUGGACUACAUCAAGAGUCGUUGCUCUCGUGAGAAGUGCAAGUACUUCCACCCUCCGGCACACUUGCAGGCCAAGAUCAAGGCCGCCCAACACCAGGCCAACCAGACAGCAGUAGCCGCACAAGCCGCCGCCACGACUGCAGCCAUGACUCAGUCGACUGCCAAAGCAAUGAAGCGACCCCUCGAGGCAACUGUAGACCUGGCGUUUCCUCACAGCGUCCUUCAGCCGCUACCAAAGAGACCGGCAUUGGAGAAGAGCAACGGUGCGAGCUCCCUGUUCAACCCCAGUGUCUUGCAUUACCAGCAGGCACUGACCAGCGCUCAGCUCCAGCAGCCAGCUUUCUUUCCCACAGGGUCAGUCUUGUGCAUGACGCCUUCUAGCAGUCUUGUCCCAAUGAUGUACAGUGCUACGCCUGCUACUGUCUCUGCAGCAACAACUCCCGCCACAAGUGUCCCCUACGCAGCAACAGCACCAGCCAAUCAGGAGCCAAGGCUGGAUGGCGUGCAUGUGUGGACCGUUUUAAACCUGGAAAUUUCAGCACAAUGAAUGCACAGCAGCUGGCAGUCAGUCAGUGAUAGCUGCCUUCAGGACACAGACAUGUACUGAGCAAUCUUGCGUGAAAAUGCUACAAAAAGCCUGGAACUGGAAAGGCUGGGUCAUAGAAAACCACGGCGUAUACCCGUAGGUCGCCCUGCAGUUGCCACCACAUAGAGUACACUUCUAGAUCACCAUUUGAGAAGGUGUUUUCUAGGGAUGUUCGAUAUUGACUUUUUUGCUGAAAACCCAUAUGCCGAUAUUGUUCAACUCUCAAUUUCAAUGACAUAUCUCCCGUGGUGGAAUGAACAGAUUUUUACAUACAGGUUUUUAUGAUCGGGAAAACAAAUCUGAUACUGAUAUCAACCGAUAUUGCAAAAUCGACAUACAGUAUUUGGAAAAUUAAAAAAUACAUUGAGCUGACUUAAACCACUUGUGACUUAUUUGGUCAAGAGAGUCAUGUUUGUGAAGCAAAGCCUUUGGAAGCGCCUUCCCAGGCUGUGUACUCUGAAGGGAAACUCCCCAUUUGACCGUGUCACAUGGCGGCCAUGCGCCCGCACUUCCUGUAAUUGCCAUGCAGAACCCACAGCAGGAGGCGGUGUCGCUCUUUAAAGAUGCAUAUGGGACAAGGAGAAGCGGUGACGUCAGCUCUCUGCCGUCUGCCUCCGUCUGUCCCUCUGACCACCGGCCCCUCCCUGCCAGCCAGGGAUACAGUUUCCCUGGCAACAUUGAAUUAACAAUUAUUUUUAGCUAUUGCUAAGAUACACUAACCCGUCACAACAUCCCCGCUCAUGUAACGUAAACAACUUAGCCUAAUUCAGUCAUAUGCUCCUAUAAUGAAUAUACUCUUCAAUUAAUACCUCUCUGUGUCCAUCAAAACAUCAGAAAUGGUCAUGGAUCUUAUGAGAUGGUGCAUAUGUAGCUAUGAUAGCCUGCAUAGCACAGUGAAGUGAAGGCAACUAAUGUUGUACCUGUAGUCCCAUGGUUUCGUCAUUCCAAAAAUAACACAACAACAGCAUUCAAAUACACACCUGGGCCCCGUUUCAAGAAGCAGGUUUAGUGAAAACUCGGAGUAUGUUAACCCUGAAAUGAGGGAAACUCUGAGUUUUCCGUUUCAAAAAGGGAGGUAAGUCAAACCAGAGACAGAGGAGUAACUCCAGCCUGUUUCACAGAGAGAGGUAACUUAACCUCGGUGUCAGUUACUAUGGCAACAGACUCUGUGAACAUAACCUGGUCGGGACCAGGUUUUCUUCAAUGAACCUCGAGUUUCUUUCUGUCUCCGGUGUGAUUCAUUCAUUGUCGCGCCUGUUUAAAGCCAGUUUGGUCGUUUUUCAUAAUCACCAUCACCAACAGCAGUAAAAUAAACAGAAAGACAAAAAAAAUUUUAUUUGGUCUUCUUUAUUUCCUACAAAUAAGAAAAAAAAUGGUUUCUUACUUUUUAAUUGUUACAAUCAUCAACACAAUUCACCUAUGACCAUGCACCCACCUCUAACUUGUGUUUUAAUAAUUCAAUUUCCAGAUCCGUUUUAGUUAUCUGGCGGUCCAGCAGCACCAUUUCUUUUUCUGUUUUUUGUACUGUUUUUAAUAAAUGCACUUUGUAGAUUUCUUUUAGUGGUAGCUGGGAACACAUAAGGAUGACAUUAUACAGUUGCACAUGAAUUCCACUGAAUUAACCUCUGGAAUUUACUGAAUACGUAUCUCACUGUGUCAGUCUGUGCUGUGGAGGUUGAGGGACCCUCUUCCUGCUGCCCAGCCAUGCUCUGCUAAAAUGGAUAAGAAUCCGUUGAUACUUCAGUGUAGGCUAAAAGUCACUAUAAUCCACAAAAGCAUGUAAACACAUGUGAAUGGAGAGGAAAUCAGUAACAUCAAGAUUUUACCUCUGUAGGCCUCUCAGGCUCCCUCUCAGACACCACAGAGAAGGCAGCAGACAUUGUGGUCCCAUCAUCUUCAUCAUCCUGUUUAGAGUGUUGUGUUUCACUAUGCUAUACUUUAAAUAUGGCAUAAUCUCUGGACUAUUGGCUACUUACAGUUAAAGUGGCACAUGGAUCCACUAGACCAAGUACGUCUUCAGAAUCUGUUGAGACAAAAGAAAAACACAUGAAAGGGAAAUUAACAUUGAACUAUAGGCCCCAAAAGAAGUUUGAGGCCUAGGCCUAUUGCAUCUUAUCAAGGCUGGUGGCUCCUGUGUAAUCAUGUCCGAGGAUGAGGUUCCUCCAGGGAUCCUCUCUGCGACUGGCCUCCCGACAGUCUGACUCAUGGCCAGCUCCUCUGCCUCGGUCAGACGUGGUGGGGGUGGUCCUCCGCCAGUUUUGCGGGCAGAUGCCCGCUUUCUGUUGGCUGAGUAGAAGUUAGAUGUUGCUUUUCAUAUGUCUGAUUUAACUGUAUACAGGCGAUGACAUUUAUGUGUGUGAAAACAAUAUUAUGUUGGAGAUAAUGCACACUGAAACAGCUGUUGAAUGAUAUUUAGUGGUAAACAUGAUUAAAAAAAGGCACCCUGACUGUUAUGCUGAGGGUUUACCUGUUUGAACAAUGUUUUUAUAUUUCAUCUUCAGCUGCUUCCACGUUCUUUUUUCGCCGGUGGGAUUACAUCUAAGUGACAUAAAUUGUAGCUGUAACACCAUUCUACUUGUUUGCAUCUGUAGCCUAAUAUUAUUGUGAUUGCAUAAAUGUAUAUAAUAAAUUUAAACUUACGCAUUGACUCGAGCAGUAAUCUUCUCCCACGCCGACUCGCGUUCUUUCGCUGCUGCAGCCGUGUUGCUUUUCUUUUUAAAAACUCUUUCAAUGUUGCUUUUCUUUUUAAAAACGCUUUCAAAUUUACCGUAUGACCGCAUUAAUAUAUCCAGUUCCAGAGGACUGAAAUACGACGAUCUUUUCUUCUCACUCGUUGCCAUGGUGAAUCGAGGGAACAGGGCUCCAUUGAUCAGGGCUUUUUAAAGUCGUGGUGCACGCGCUUAACUCAGAGUGAACAAACUCUGUGUUGAUUGAACCAAUUGAAAUCACCUGUUCUGAAACCCGUAAGUCAGAGUUUCCUGUCUCAGAGUAGAUCAACUCAGAGUUCAGGGUUAGACUCCAGAGUUGGUUGAACCUGCUUCUUGAAACGGGGCCCUGACAGCUACCUGUUGCCACCUGGCUUAGAUACUUAGGUCUGCAGCGCCAUCUACUGCACAAACAGGACAUUCAAACACACAUAAAGGCCCAUGGUUAUGGACACAUGUGUGAUAUGGGAUAGAGCACAAAGCCAUAUCUCAACCUCAAGCAUUGUGUCACCAUGCUGCCCCCCCCAGCUUGAAUGGUGCUGGAUGGGUCACAAAUUAAGAUGCAGCACCCUCGUCUGUCAGGAUGUGGUAUUACAUGGAAACAAACAUUUUUCUAGUUAGAGCAACCUCCUAAAUGUGUUUUCACAACAUUAUUAGAGUCCGGUAGACAUGAAAUAACACCCCUAUAGUCACCUUUACAUGUGUAGAUAAUUCAUAUGGUAGACAAAAUAAGCGGAUACAAGACUUAGAGUACAUAAAAUGUUGUUUUUUAUUUAAAUGUUUUGCCUUCAUGAGGCAUUCCCAAGCAUACAAAUGGCUAAAUUAACUAAAAUACAAACACAAGGCUUUCAAAAGACACACGUGAUGUACGCUGUGUAGUAUUCCACACUUGCCACUCGGUGUCACUGAUGUUACUGUAAUGUUCGGUGAGACACAUAAGCACCAGACUUGAUCAGCGGAACAACAGGCUUUUAUUGCAGGUUUGAAUGAUCUCAUGACAGGCAAAAUAAUCUCUAAUUAUUUAUGUCUGAUAUGGCUUAUUGUAUGUACUCUAUUGGGUAAUAUAAUUGUAAAGGUGAUUAUAGGGGUGUUAUAGAGGGCUCUAAUAAUGUUAAAACUUGUACUUAGAGGUUCCUGAACUGUUUUUUUAUGGUCUUAAAUACAAAAACAUUUCAUUCAUAAAUAAGGAAUGCUACUUCAAUGAAAAUUCCCCGUGUAGAACCAAGUAACCGCAAUGUACAUUGGUGUGUAUAAUAAAAACGUUGGGCACACAAAGAAAAAACUGUAAAUGAGACUGGAAAUAGUCCACUCAUCAGAAAAAGGCCUGGAUGAAACUAGAAGUGAUGGGCGGAUGCAGGCCAGGCAGACCUCACCUCAGCAUCUCACCCCUGUGGUCACCUUGUGUCAUGUGACCUCAUGCGGCUGGCUUUUGUCCACUAAUAAGCAUCAUGCACCCCCACCUUACCCCCCAUCCUGCGGCUGCACUCUUUCUAUCCACAUUUUCGCAGGGGAAAAAAAACCCAUCAGAGAUGACGGAAUGGAGGAUGCCGGGUGUUAUCGCUUCCUCACUCUUUU